AAGGUGCUUUUAGUAAAGUAGCUCGAGUUCGCUACAGGAUCCUGGCUGUUAUGUAGCUAGCUGUUAUGUCGCUAGCUGAUAGCUUGAUGGUUGCUAACACUUUCCUAUUCGAACUGUAGAUUCGGUCACUUUGCGUGUGGUGUUUGUACGCGGAAGUAACUGUCACAGGACGCCUUUAAACAGGACUGAAGGACGUUCAGUUCAGCAGCUGCUAAGCUACUUCAGUUUUACGUGAUUUGGUGCUGAAGGAUCAGUAAACAGAACGAAGUGUUGUUGUUUUUUUUUUUUACUAUAACAGGUUUGGUCCCUAUUAGCCACAAUGUUACCAUAUAAAGUUCCGUCAGAAGAGACGCUGCACGCCCCAGACGAGCUGAAGAAACAAGCUCAUGUCUGCAGCUUGGAGAAAUACACUUAUCUCUACAACAAAUCAGUCGACUCACCAGAGGAGUUUUGGGGAGAUGUUGCCAAAGAUUUUUUUUGGAAGACCAAACACACUGGCAAGUUCAUGGACUACAACUUUGAUGUGACUCAUGGGGGAAUUUACAUCAAGUGCAUGGAAGGAGCCACCACAAAUAUCUGCUACAAUGUCCUGGACCACAAUGUCCAUGAGAGGAAGCUGGGAGACAAAGUGGCUUUUUACUGGGAGGGGAAUGAGCCAGGAGUGGAGAAGGUGGUGACUUACAAAGAACUACUACAGCAAGUGUGCAAGUUUGCCAAUGUUCUAAAGUCCCAAGGAGUGAGGAAGGGGGAUCGUGUCUCCAUCUACAUGCCGAUGGUUGUUGAACUGGUGGUGGCCAUGUUGGCUUGCGCCCGUAUUGGAGCUGUGCAUUCGAUUGUGUUUGCAGGCUUUUCAGCUGAAUCACUCUGUGAAAGAAUUAUGGAUUCUCAGUGUUGUCUGCUGAUUACAUCUGAUGGCUUUUACAGAGGUGAUAAACUCAUACAUCUUAAGGUUAUUGCAGAUGAAGCGCUACAGAAAUGUCGAGACAAGGCUUUCCCUGUAGAGCGAUGCAUUGUCUUGAAACACUUAUCAAAGGAUGAACGAGAGAUCCCUUCACCAAGCUCCAUGUCACCCCCAGCAAAACGCCCAUGCCCUGACCUGCAGCAGAAGAAUCAGAAAGAAAAAGUAAGGAAGGUUCGUCAAAUCCCCAAGACUCCCUGGAACCCAGAGGUGGAUGUAUGCUGGCACAAUCUGAUGGAUGCCGCAUCAGAUGAGUGUGAGCCAGUGUGGUGUGAAUCUGAGGACCCUCUCUUCAUCCUGUACACUAGUGGAUCCACUGGCAAACCAAAGGGUGUUUUGCACACUGUCAGUGGUUACAUGCUUUAUACUGCUGUAACAUUUAAGAUGGUGUUUGACUACCACCCUGAAGAUAUUUACUGGUGUACAGCAGAUAUAGGCUGGAUUACAGGUCACUCCUACAUCACUUACGGUCCACUGGCUAAUGGGGCCACAAGUGUUCUGUUUGAAGGCCUGCCCACCUAUCCUGAUGUUAGCAGAAUGUGGGAGAUAGUGGAUAAAUACAAGGUCUCCAAGUUUUACACAGCACCCACAGCAAUUAGACUCCUCAUGAAGUACGGCAGCGAGCCAGUCCACAAGUAUAAGCGGAGCUCUCUGAAGAUCUUGGGUACAGUGGGGGAACCUAUUAACCCUGAGGCCUGGCAAUGGUACUACAAUGUAGUUGGGGAGAAGCGAUGCCCUAUAGUGGACACCUUCUGGCAGACUGAGACAGGAGGACACGUACUAACACCUCUUCCAGCUGCAACACCUCUGAAACCAGGAUCUGCAACAUUUCCAUUUUUUGGAGUCAUUCCUGCCAUACUGAAUGAGUCAGGAGAGGAACUUGAGGGACCAAGUGAAGGUUACCUGGUAUUUAAGCAGCCCUGGCCUGGAAUAAUGAGGACUGUGUACAGGAACCACCCGAGAUUUGAGACUACCUACUUUAGGAAGUUUCCUGGAUUUUAUGUAACUGGAGAUGGUUGCCGCAGGGAUAAGGAUGGGUACUACUGGAUCACUGGCAGAAUUGAUGACAUGCUUAACGUUUCCGGUCACUUAUUGAGCACUGCAGAGGUGGAAUCUGCUUUGGUGGAGCAUGAGGCAGUUGCUGAGGCAGCUGUUGUAGGAACACCACACCCUGUUAAAGGGGAAAGCCUGUAUUGCUUUGUCACACUCAAUGACGGCAUUAACUUUACUGCCACACUGGAGGCUGAACUCAAAAAACAAGUGAGAGAGAAGAUUGGUGCCAUAGCUACACCUGAUUACAUACAGAAUGCGCCUGGACUUCCCAAAACCAGAUCAGGUAAAAUCAUGCGCCGUGUGCUAAGGAAAAUAGCAUCCAACCAACAGGAUUUAGGAGACGUGUCCACACUAGCAGACAGUUCCGUUAUUGAGCAACUGUUUGAGAACCGCUGCUGUACAACUGUGUGAACAUUAGAAUACACUAUUAAAACCACUUUAUUUCAGGGCACAUAGAUAAAAUUUAAAUGUAUAGCUAUCUUGGUUGAAGAUCAUCAGAAGAAGGGACUUGCUACAAUUUCUAAGAAUUAAAUCUCCAAGAAUUGAAAAUAGUGUUUUUACUGGACCUGUUUGUAUUUCUUCAGGAUUAUUUAAUUCUAACCUUUUUCCCUCAGUACAUGAUUUUCCCCCCAUUAAGUACAUCUCUGAUUGUAUUUUUCUGUUAUUUUAAGCACAUACAGUACAGGAAUUGAGUACUAUUUAUUGAAUUUACUCAAUCAUCAGUAGGUUUUAUAUAAGAAAUUGUUUUCAUGUGCAAAGUGUCAGUCUCUCUCUCUCUCUCUCUCUCUCUCUCUCUCUCUAAGCAAACUGUCUGUACACACAUUGUAUUUACAUUUGAUCAUUUUAGUUUUGAUCAUCAGGUACUAAAAUCACUUAAAUCGCAUGAAAACUGUAAAACUCUAUCUAAUGUCUACCAUUAGCUUGUAAUUUUGUCUUUAAAAGAGGAAGGACAUGGUUUUCCUUUAACUGAACUGAGAAAAGGACAAAAAAAUUUCGUACAAAAAUGCAGUGAUAGUAAUGCAGUAAAUAAUUUUAACUCCUGGAUCAUCCAGUUGUGAUUAUUUUUGGGACUGUGGUCUCUACAGACCAUUCAGCUAUUACAUAUUUACCUUUUCUUUCUUGAGGAAGGUGCUGUGAUAUCAAUGGAGCAACUCGGAUAAGAUGCUAAUUUACCAUCAUGUUAAAUUUACCAUCAUGUUAAAUACUUACCAGGUCUUGACACUGAGCUUAUAAACUGUCAGAUACCCUGAACUUGAGGCAUUUCCAGGAUAUUUCCUGACAUAAUUAUGUUUUCAAACAUGAGCUUUCAUUUGUAUGUUCAUCAAGCCAUAGUUGUUCUGUAUUUCAUAUCUUUAUUUAGAUUGGGAUCGGUUAUUGUGACUAUUUGUAGUAAUAUUGUUACAAAGAGUCCUAGGUAAAUGAUUGAUUCAUGUUCUCUUACCAGGAAAAAAAACUGAUUAAUGUACUUUUGUCUUGUAAUUGUCUAUAUCCCUUUUCUGUUUUAAUCAAUAUAUUUUAAUCAACACAUUUUAAGAUUUAAUUAAAUUGUGGCUGAAAUAUACACUGGUGUGAGUAAAAUAAAAUGUCCAUUUCCCA